AUGGUCGUUGCUUUACUACCCGUUCACACAGUCCGCCACCCCCAGCCUCUCGCAAAGAGUUCUGGUGGCAGCAUGGCAAUUGCUAUGUUGUAUGGCCCUCUGUAUGUCAACUAUAGUGUGGAUGAUGCAGACCCUUUUCUCCGGUCAACCACGAUUAUUUGUGCGAGACAGUCUCAUAAACCAACCCCUCUGAUCUCUAAGGGAAAAUUGAUUACUACUUACUAUGGCUCACACUCUCUUGAGCUAUCUGUUAAGAACGGGGACCUGAUUGAGUUGGUUCCUGGACCCUCCACGCAUGAGCGUCAACAACAGGAUUUCUCAGCGGGAGAGGAAACUCAUUCUGAAACAUAUUAUUUGAUGAGGAAUCAAUUAUGUAUGCCCGCGAUGGUCAGGAGGAUCGUCCUUCUGGACUUUGAGUGGAAUAAGGUUUCUCAGCACUGCAAGCCAGGCCUUGAACAAGAGCAGAAAUCCCUACCUGGAACCUAUAUAUCGCCAUUGCUCCGGUCACACGAGGUAUCGUGUCCGCUGGCCAAGUUCAAGGAAUGGGUAAACUGGGAUUAUCGACCCCAGUUUGAAACUGAAUAUGCCCAUACGGCGUCUUCGGUCACGCCGUAUAUGGAGAUGUUAUAG